AUGUACAUACCUAAACGUGGUAACUUGUUUGAACUCUACGAUCCAUUGUAGCAGAAGUUGUACACACUGGAUCUACCCCAGCUAGCUAAAUCCACGGUGUGUUACUCAAGAGACAGAUGGUUACUAAUGCGCAAAAACAUUUCAAAAGAAAUGUUCUUCUUCAACCCGUUUACUCGUAAGCUCAUAAACUUACCAAAAUGUACAUUAUCCUAUGAUGCAUUCGCUUUCUCUUGCGCACCUACAUGAGGUACUUGCCUGUUGCUAGCGUUUAAGCAUGUUGGGUAUGGUAGGACGAGGACAAGCACUUGCCAUCUUCAAUCACCCGAAUGGGUUACUGAGGACUUACAAUUCCAUCUUCAAUUUGGCUGUGAUACACUUAAGCACAGCAAUGUUGUCUAUGCCAAACGUCGCUUCUAUUGCCUUGAUGGUAAAGGAUACUUGUAUUACUUUGAACCUUCUUCUCGAGUAUGGCGUUUUAGUUAUACGAAUUCACUGGAAUGCCCCUACUUAAGUAGAUAUAACUACAAGUAUGAGCGGAAGAAGAAGAGAAUUUUCUUGGCCGUGAGGAAAGGUGUGUUCUUCAAGAUGUUUACAUGCGGUGGUGAGAAGCCGAUUGUGCAUAAAUUAGAAGAUUACUAUUGGGAGGAGAUCAAUAGUACUAAACUUGAUGGAUUGACAAUAUUUACGAGUCUUUAUUCCUCUGAGACAAGACUUAAUCUCCCAUGGAUGAGGAACAGUGUUUACUUUCCAAGGCUUCGUUUUAAUGUCAAGCGUUGUGACCCGUAUUCGUUUGACGAAGAGAGGUAUUAUCCUCGUAAGCAGUGGCAAGAACAGGAGGAUUUAUGUUAA